UCCAGUUAAACAAAGCAAAAUCAGAUCAGAAGUAUAUGGUACUAUCUGGUAUUUAUUAUAGACUCUUGGACUCCAGACAUAGAAGAAUGUGCAUAGCUGAAAAUAAGGUCGAAAUGCUUCUUUUUUCACACAAGCUUGCCAUAUAUUCUUGCGGUGCCUCAGGAUCUUUAAAAGCCAUCCCCAGUGGGCCUAUUAGAUAAAGGUGUGGCUUUUUUUCAGCUUAAAUUUUGUGUCAAAAUGCCCUAAUGGCUGCUUUCUUUUCUCAGUGUAUAUCUUUAAUUUAUGCUAGUAUCUAUGAGGUGUUGGACAAAGUGUCCUAAACCAAAAAUACUGUCAAUUCUUAGUGCUUGCAACAUUGAUAUAGAUUCUAUAGAAAUCUUUUGAAGUACAUAAAGGAAUUCAACAUUCGGCAUCUUAUAUGAAGAAACACAUAUUCCGUACAUUAACUACUGCAUUCUGAGAUGAUGACGAUGAGCCACUUGGUGGCGCUGCAGGCUAAGAAGACGCAACAAAGAUCUUCUGAUACGCCAUUUCCCAGGAAGACAAGCCUGAAUCAGUCAAGAAGGGGAACGGAAGCUUUCUUAGCUGGAACAAUAGGAAGGGUUCGGGCCUCUCACAUUUCUGAGAUACCAGCGAGACGGACUAAAGUGGUAGCCUCUGGUUACCAUUUGCAGUCGAGGUGGGCUACACAGGCUGAGAGGAGGGGGCGAAAGGAAGAAUGGAACGAGAAGGGGCGAUCAUUAUGCAACAAAGGCAAGUUCUCUUUCUUCUUGUUCUGCUGGGUGUGUCUGGGGCAGCCUUAGAGCCACAGCAGUUUUCAGUAGUGGAGGAGAUGGAGAGAGGCUCGUUUGUGGCCAAUGUGGCAAAGGCCUUGAGCCGGGAGGUGGGGGAGCUGUCAAAUCGGGGAGCCAGAGUCGUUUUCAAAGGGAACAAAGAGUAUUUGCAGCUGAACCAUAAAACUGGGGAUCUGCUCCUGAGAGAGAAACUGGAUAGGGAGGAACUGUGCGGCCCCGCCGAGCCUUGUGUGCUACAUUUUAAGGUCUUACUGGAAAACCCCUUUCAAAUUGUUCUGGUGGAAUUAAGGGUACAAGACAUUAAUGAUCAUUCACCAGUGUUCCUGGAAACGGAGAUGCUCCUAAAAAUCUCGGAGAGCACUUCUCCCGGGACUGUAUUUGUGCUAGAAAACGCACAGGAUUCAGACGUAGGAAGCAACAGUAUCCAGAACUAUACAAUCAGUCCCAACUCCCUUUUCCAUGUCCAAAUUCGAGAGAGCAGUGAGGGCAGGAGAUACCCGGAGCUUGUACUGGAUGAACCAUUGGAUCGGGAGAAGCAGUCUGAGGUCACUUUAACUCUCACUGCAGUGGAUGGGGGAGCCCCACCAAGGUCUGGAACUGCCCGAGUCCGAGUCGUUAUAGUGGAUAUCAAUGACAAUGCGCCAGUGUUUGCUCAGCUGCGUUAUGAAGUUCAGAUCCCUGAGAACACUUCCAUUGGAUCCAAGGUUGUCACAGUAUCAGCCACAGACUUAGACGCAGGGAAUUAUGGAGAAAUAUCUUACACAUUUUUGCAUGCCUCUGAAAACAUUCGCAACACCUUUCAUCUUAAAGAGGACUUGGGAGAACUUUAUCUAAGGGAAAAAGUGGAUUUUGAGUUGACUCAGUCUUACAUUAUAAAUAUUCAGGCCACAGAUGGUGGAGGUCUUUCGGCAGAAUGUACUGUUGUUGUCCAGGUGAUAGAUCUGAACGACAAUCCUCCAGAACUGACUAUAUCUUCACUUACCAGUCCUAUCCCAGAGAAUUCUCCAGAGACAGUCGUUGCUGUUUUCAGUGUUUCAGAUCUUGACUCUGGUGAAAAUGGAAAGAUGGUUUGCUUCAUCCAAGAUGACCUCCCUUUUGCCCUGAAACCUUCCAUUGAGAACUUCUACACAUUGGUAACAGAAGGAGCACUGGACAGAGAGAUCAGGGCUGAGUACAACAUCACUAUAACAGUCACAGAUUUGGGGUCCCCGAGGCUCAAAUCUGAGCACAAUAUCACGGUGCUUAUAUCUGAUGUUAAUGAUAACCCUCCCAUGUUUUCUCAGAGAGCCUACAAAUUGUACCUCUCAGAGAACAACAGCCCUGCCCUCCUCAUUGGCAGUGUCAGUGCCAGUGACAGGGACUCAGGAAUCAAUGCCAAAGUCACCUACUCUCUGCUGCCUCCAGAGACUAGAGAUCUGCCCCUCUUCUCCUACAUCUCCAUCAACUCAGACAAUGGUCAUCUCUAUGCUCUGAGAUCCCUGGAUUAUGAAGCCAUCCAAGGUUUCCAGUUCACUGUGAGGGCAGCUGAUGGUGGCUCCCCAUCUCUGAGCAGCCAGACUCUGGUUCAGGUUGUGGUACAGGAUGAAAAUGACACCUCUCCCUUUGUGCUGUACCCCCCUCAGAAUGGCACAGCUCCUUGCCAUGACCUGGUGCCCAGAGCUGCAGAGCCAGGUUACCUGGUGACCAAGGUGGUGGCUGUGGAUAGGGACUGGGGACAGAAUUCUUGGCUUUCCUAUCAACUAAUCAAGGCCACAGACCCAGGACUCUUCACUUUGUGGGCCCACAGUGGGGAAGUUCGAACAGCAAGACCCAUCAGUGACAGAGACACCAUCAAGCAGAGGCUCCUGGUGUUGGUGAAGGACAAUGGGCAGCCACCGCUGUCCACAAUGGCCACACUCAAUGUGCUCCUGGUGGAUGGCUUCUCUGAGCCUUACCUGCAACUCCCAGAUGGGGGUAAGGAGCAGGUCCAGAAUGACUCCCUUACUACCUAUCUAGUCAUUUCCCUGGCCUGUGUCUCCUUUCUCUUUCUGGUCUCUGUUAUUAUGUUCAUUGCCAUUCGUCUGUGGAAGAGGAAGAAAGAUACCACUGAUAUUAGUCACUUCACUUCCAAUGGCCCAUUCCCAGGACACUUAGUGGAUGUCAGCAAGACAGGGACUCUGUCCCAGACUUAUCAGUAUGAGGUAUGUCUGGCCAGUGGCUCAGGAACCAGUGAAUUUAAGUUCUUGAAGCCAGUUGUUCCCAUCCUUCCUACUUCAGAGGGAAAUGAAGAUUCGACUGAAAAUUCAGCCUUAAGGAAUAGCUUUUGCUUCAAUUAGGGUUUGAAAUGGGCUUCAAUGCACAGAGACCAGGUUUUAUGGCUUCUUUCCCUUCCCCCUCUCAUUAGUUGCCUGUCUCCCUGUAGCAUGAAAGAGUAGAUUUUUAUACUAUUACAUCAUAUCAUAAUGUAUUUAUCUUUUCUUUCCAUCUCUACACACACAUUUCCCUUUUCCCCCUGCAUUCUUUCCCUGUAGAUCUUUUUCU